GUAAACCUAUGAUAACAAGAAUUUUAGGCCAUUAUUUUUGUUGAAAUGUUUAAAAAAUAUGUUUUUAGAGAAGCCUGUACAUAAAAUAAAUGGUUAAAGAUGAUGUCAGAUGAAAUUUUACGUCGGAAUCCCCAGGAGGAUUUCGAGCUCAUCAUUCGAGUGGGAAGCGGAACGUACGGCGAUGUUUACAAAGCGAAGGAGCGCAACUCCGGUGAGCUUGCAGCCAUCAAGAUUAUCAAGUUGGAGCCUGGCGAUGACUUCGCUGUCAUUCAGCAGGAAAUUAUCAUGAUGAAGGACUGCAAACAUGCAAACAUUGUGGCCUAUUUCGGAAGUUACCUCAGGCGUGACAAGCUAUGGAUCUGUAUGGAGUACUGUGGAGGAGGUUCCAUGCAGGACAUUUACCAUGUAACGGGCCCCCUGGCUGAGCCCCAGAUAGCCUUCAUCUGUAAGGAAACCCUUAAAGGAUUGCAAUACCUGCACAGCAAGGGCAAGAUGCACAGGGAUAUCAAGGGAGCCAAUAUUCUCUUGACAGAUGAGGGGGACGUAAAACUAGCCGAUUUUGGAGUAUCAGCCCAGAUCACUGUUACCAUGUGUAAAAGAAAGUCUUUCAUUGGAACACCAUACUGGAUGGCCCCGGAGGUUGCCGCAGUGGAGAGGAAAGGUGGCUACAACCAGCAGUGUGAUAUCUGGGCUGUGGGCAUCACUGCCAUCGAGUUUGCUGAGCUACAACCCCCAAUGUUUGAUCUCCAUCCCAUGAGGGCCCUGUUUUUAAUGUCAAAAAGUGGCUUCAAGCCUCCCCAGUUGAAAGAUAAAAGUAAAUGGUCAUCAAGUUUUCAAUUAUUUAUAAAGGUAGCAUUAACUAAGAAUCCUAAAAAGAGACCUUCGGCUGAGAAGUUGUUAGAGCACCCGUUUUUGCAUGGUGAUUUGACCCGGCGUUGUACUCGCGAGAUCCUCGACCGAGUACGGAACCCCCAACAAACCACCUACGAAAUUCAGCCCGACGAUGAUGAUGAGUUCCUGGCUAACGUGCCUCAGAGAAUAUCCUCCUCCAAGUCUUCUAGCCGGUACAACCAGGCGCGCAACAGUAUUGAGCUCAAAGUAAAUAUUCCAAACAACAUAAGUCCGGAAGAACAAUUCAACACAGCCAGAGCUUGGCCUGACGAAGAUGCUUCACAAAAGGGAUUAUUAGAGUCUGUAAACGAAGAACUCUUACAAAGAGGUCAUAGGAAUAGUCUUAUAAUGGAAGACAACUACAGUACUUGUGUUGGUCUGUCUAACAUGGAAACCUUGCCGCUUGAUCCACCCCUUGUUCCUCCAAAGCCCCAGGCAAGUUUUAGAGGAGACACUUCAGACAAUACAUACAACUUGCCAGAUGAUGUGGAAGGGGAGGAGGAAGGGGAUGUGGACCAGGGCCCUGACCUUGACACCCUCAUAGACCGUUAUUUGACCUUGACCCCAGAUUCACACACACCUACAGGGGACCGUGGAGAGGGCCCACCAGCGUUACCGCCAAAGUUGAGUCGUCGUGUGCAAAAUGGGGUGGCAAACCACAGGGAGGGGUCUCAUUCCCCAGGAGCUGAGGCAGCCCCACCUGAGGUGCCUCCCAGGCGUGAAAAGAAGGAUGAUGACACAUUACGACCUGUCAGCAACGGCUUGCCACCAACACCAAAAGUUCAUAUGGGUGCUUGUUUCUCGAAAGUGUUCAAUGGCUGUCCUCUCCAUAUCAAAUGUACAGCAAGCUGGAUCAACCCAGAUACCAGGGAUGAGCAUAUUUUGAUCGGUGCUUUAGAAGGUCUCUACACCUUGAACCUGAACGAGAUACAUGAAGCAUCAUUAGAAUUGCUCCACGCCAGGACCUGUAGUUGGCUCUAUGUCAUAAACAACAUAUUAAUGUCUGUAUCAGGUAAGACACCGCACCUGUACAGACAUGACUUGAUGAUGUUACACAGUAAACAGUCCAACCGAUUCUCUCUACCCCUGAAGACAAAAUUCCCAGAGAAAUUCGUGCCUAGGAAGUACACAGCGACUUCUAAGGUACCAGAUACGCGGGGCUGCACAAGGUGUUGUGUGGGAAGAAAUCCAUACAAUGGUUACAAGUACCUCUGUGGCUCCCUGCCCAACGGCAUUAUCCUCAUGCAGUGGUACGAACCCCUCAACAAGUUCAUGCAGCUCAAGAUAUUUGAGUUUGAAUUUUUGCCGGCAUCUCCUGCAGUAUUUGAAAUGUUCAUCUCCCCGGAGCUGGAGUAUCCGCUCAUCUGUCUCGGUGUCAGAAAAGGAGGGGACAAGAACCCGCUAUCGUUUGAUGUGAUCAAUCUCAACUCUAGCUCAAACUGGUUUACAGACUUUGAAAACCAACAAGGAGAGCAACUGCCAAUUGUCAAUGUGACCCAACUGGAGAAGGAUACAGUACUAAUAUGUCACGACAAAUAUUUGAAGGCAGUCAGCAUGACAGGGAAACUGAAGUCGAGUCGACGGCAGGCUUCAGAACUUCACUUUGACUUCAUGGUCGAAUCUUUAGUGUGCUUACAAGACAGUGUGCUGGCAUUCCACAAACAUGGUAUGCAGGGAAGGAGUUUUAAAGCCAAUGAGGUAACUCAGGAGAUAUGCGACCGGUCGAGGAUAUUCCGGCUACUUGGCUCCGAUAGGGUGAUUGUGUUGGAAAGUCGACCAACCGACCAGCCAGAAGCCGCGUCAAAUUUGUAUGUGUUAGCUGGCCACGAAAACACAUACUGAAUCUGCAUUUGACUUCCAUGGAUAUUUGAAGCGUUUCCAUGGCUAUCUGGACAUAUUUCCAUGGAUAUGGCUUGGGUUACCAGUGCAUCGCUUGCCCUUGUUGGCUUGAACAUUAUUAUCACUGCAUUUCCAUGGAUAACUGAACAUAUUUCCAUGGAUUUGCCUUGUGUUUCCAGUCCAUCUGUAUGACUAUACAGGUCAGCUGAGAAUACAUACUGAACACACCCUGGAUUCCAAUGAUUUUUUUAACCAUUUCAGAUGAAUAUCUUACUAUUUUACAUUGCUUGGAGCCUUUGUUAACUCUCAUCUUGGACUCAGUGGAAUUGGCUAUGGAAAUAGCUACUGAACAUUCACUGAAUUUCCAUGAUUUCCAUGGAUGUCCUUAUUAUUUUACAUGAAACACUCAUCAACUUCCUUUGAAUGUUUCCUCAAUGACUGUCAUAUCUGCACAUAGAUUUAAUGUGGCUGUAAUUAUAUCCAGUUUUCAAAUUCUUGCCAUUUAUAGAAAAAUGGGUGCUGCACAACAUUUCAUGGAUAUUUCCAAGAUUCCAUCUGUCCAUAGUUUUAAUUCUGAUUUAGAUUUUUGAGGUUUAAGCAACAUAUAGAUCUAGAUAGUCAAUGACAGACUUACAUUCAUUACUGUAAGUCCUUAUAUUCUGACAAAUGUAUGCCAAAACAAGUGUUUGCUAUACAAAAAAUCUUACUCUACCAUUGAAAAAAUGAUGGUAGAUUUUAGUUAUUGUAACUUUGUACAAUUUCAAGGAAUACCAUAGACGCCUUUGUUGACUUUGUGUUCUACGCAGAAAAACACAUCAGAAAAGACUGGCAUUAUUUAUGUCAACAUGAAAUGAUGGCUGUUUAGGUGUUCAUAUAUUGAUAUGGUGUGUUACACCAAAACCAUUUACUGUUUAUUGUGUAGUCAUUUGUAUAGCAAUUUUUCUACCAGUUUUAUCACAGAAAAAAUAAGAGAAAGACAAAGUACCAUACUACAUAGCAGGCUAAUCACUGGAGCCAAACUACAAAAUGUUGUGGCUCCAACGAUUGCCCGCCAUAUACUGGAUAAAUGUAGGCUCUUAACAAUUCUGUGUAAAUAUUUUGAUGAUAUAUAGUAUAUUUUGCAUUAAUUUUAAUUUCGUAAGAUAUUUUGCAAAAUCCUCACAUAAUAUAAUCUGUUGUAUGUACAGGUUAUAUCGAAAUUGAACAAAAUAGCGUUGCAUUACAGGAUUUUGCCCAGUCAUUAAAAGGAAGUAAAUGAAAUAUAAUCAUAAGUAUAGUUCAAUUAUAAUGCAAUUAAUAGUGAUUGAUUUUUGCAACAUGCAAAUAGAUAGGAUAUUAAUCAAUACCAAGUUUUGAUUUAUAGAAUAAGAAAUUCUACAUAAAAUGGGCUAAUUUGAAAACUUAAAAGUUAUUUCUGUGCAACUUUGCUAAACAUGGAUUCAAUUUAGUAUGGCCUUAUUUAUUGCUCAUAGAAAAAUGUGUUUUCCUUUAUUUCUGCAUUUUUUUUAAAUUCAACAUUUACUUUAUACACAUAAGGGUAACAAAACAAGAAAAUAAUAAAAAAAAUAUCAGCCUUAUUGCUAUGAAAUGAAAUGGUUACGAACAAAAUAUUUGUCAUGUGAAUAUUUCAGAAAUAAAUAUGAAAUGUUUGAAUUUUCCCCAAAAACAGACAUAAUGAUUAUGUUAUAUGCAUGUCGGCACUGUACAUACUCUUUAAAUGAAUAUUUUAUUGAAUUAUUCUUCCUGAGAAAUGUGCAAUUAACUCUUUUAUUGAUGACUUUUAUUUUCAUGCUAGUUUUGUUUAACUUCAUGUUAAUCUUAAAGUGUAUACCUUUGUGCAAAAUGGGAAGAAUUUUAAGCAGUUGUUGAUAUUAUUAUUAUUAUGUAUUCUGUUUUUCUCGAAGUUAAGAAGGCACCAAGAUGUGUUUUCUUCUUAUGUUGUGAUAUUCACAAUGAGUAUAAGUUUUAAUUAUUACUAUAUAUAUUUUUAUCUUAUACCGCUAAGAAACACAAUUAAUACAGCCAUAUUUCUAGCUAUAUUUCAUCAUUGUUGGUGCUCUUCUUUGACAUAAGACUUCUAAACGUUAAUGUGUUAACUUCUCUAAGCUUUGACAUUAACAUAACAAAACAACUAAACUGUAACAUCUUUGACUUUCUCAUGUAGUUUUCCUAUCGUAUACAUUGGUAUGUACUGUAUUGAUAUGCCAGCUUUUGUUUUUUGAACUGCUAGGCAUUUUAGGUUAAUGUAAUUAUUAAAAGGGUACCUAAAAUUGUUUGGAGAAGGGCUCGAGAAAUCUUCAGCUGCUUCUCUUUCCCACUAGGGUGGGUGAGCCAAUUCUGAUAUUUAGAUAAAUUAAGCAUGUAGAUAAGUGCUUAAAUUUAGGCACUGUUGUCUGCUUUUUAACCUUCGGACUGUGUGAUUUUUAGCUCUACUGGCCAAAGGCCAGAAGAGCUUAUGCGAUGGUAAUGUGUACGUAGUAUGUGCAUCCGUGCGGUCGUGCGUUCGUGCAUCUGUAAACAAUUGGUUGUGAACACGAUACAGUCUUCAGUUUUGAUUGUAUCUCGAUGAAACUUGUACAGUAUCUAGAUAUCCAUUAGAGCUCGGUUCCUUUUGAAAACCAGCCAGAUCCGCCCAUAAAUGCCUAGAUUAUGGGCCAUGAAAGUUUUAAAGAAAUGCUUUCUAUUUUUAUCCAGGUCUGCAUGAGCGAAUUCUAUUUUUAGCCAAGUUUACAUGUACAUGUAAAUUCAAGUCUAGAGUUAAGGGAGACAAUUUGCAAGUCUAGGAUUUUGAGAGACAAUUUGCUUUUCGCUUCUGCAGUUGAUUUUGUGAAUUACUCUGCCUUGUUCUUGUUGAAAGCCCAAAGGCCAUUUUUUAGCUUUAAGUUCUGUAGUUUGCGCAUUCAUCUUAACAAAAUUGCUUGUGAAUGUUUAAGUUAUGCACCUGGUGUCAUUACUGGCCACACCCAGGGUUCACAGGUUUGGUAAACAUAAAUCUGGAAAGGUUUGAAAAUCUUUUUGUGUGUUCGUGCAUCCAUCUUAGCACAAUUGAUUGUGAAUGUUUGUUCAAAUUGAUCAAUGUUGUCCUAGGAUGCCCUUGACUUUGACCUUUUGACCAACUUUUUUUAACUUUUAAAACUACAGAAAUUUUUACUAUGAGUACAGUUUUGAAAGCAUUUUUUUUUUGUCAGAUGACUUUUACUUGGCACCUUUUAAAAUAGUUCAUGCAACUAAUCUGCUUACAAUACUUUCUGGGCUCAGAUGUUACGUGCUACGUUUUCAGGUAACCCAAACACAAAACAUAAACUAUAUGUCUGUUGCCUUUUACCCAUACAUACAUGCUGUAGAUUGAUAUGACCACAAAAGCCAUGCCAGUAGAGCAUAGGCCCUUUUGGGCCUCUUGUUUGUCAAAUAAAAAGGAUCAGAGGGAUUUGGCAGGGGUUUUAUGACAGGGUUGGAAAGGGUUUCUGGUCAGGAUUUGGCAGGGGUCUUAGAACAGGAUUGGACAGGGGUUGUAGGACGGUUGAGAAUGGUUUCAGGACAGGAUUUUGCAUGUGUUUUAGGACAGUAUUGGGAAGGGGUUUUAGGACAGGAUUUGGCAUGUGUUUUAGGACAGGAUUUGGCAUGUGUUCAAGGACAGGAUUGGGAAUGAUUUUAGGACAGGAUUUGACAUGUGUUUUAGGACAGGAUUGGGAAUGAUUUUAGGACAGGAUUUGGCAUGUGUUUUAGGACAGGAUUGGGAGUUAUUUUAGGACAGGAUUUGGCGUGUGUUUUAGGACAGUAUUGGGAAUGGUGUUAGGACAAGGUUGUGAAGGGCCUUUUAGAACAGGAUUGAGCAGAAGUUCAAGGACAGAAUAGGGAAGAUAUGAGAAUCUUAGAGUUACUUUUUUCGGCUAGUUGUGUUUUAUUGUCUCUUCUGUAAUAUGUCUUGCUCAUUCUGUGAUUAAUCAUUUAAAGUUUUAUCUUGUUUUGUAUUUGAAAAUUGUAUAUAGGUUCUUAAGAGAAGUCAUUUGAAUUGUAUGUAAACUUGACAGGAAUUUAUGAAAUUUUGAAAUAAUGUACAAAUGUGUACAGAAUUCAUGUGGCAAAUUUGUCUACUCAAUGUUAUUGCGCCUAUGUCCAAACUGUUUUAAUGUGGAUUGUUUGUAUCCACGAGAGCAUCAUUUAGCGGACUGCAGCACGUCUUUCAGUUAAGCUAAACACAAUAAUUACCGGUAAUGCAAAAUUUAUGAAAAAGUGUUACUGUUUGAUCUGUUUACUAGGCAUAGAACUUUCAACAUAAACUUGUCUUACCCACAAACAAACAAGAUCUUUUUGAUGUGUAGGUUAGCUUUUUGGUAAGUUGAAAGUAAUAAUUUACUUUUCUUGAAUACUUUAUGUUACAUGUACAGUACAUAGAGUCCAAAUUCACAUCCUGUUCAGAAAUUAAAUUCCAGUGAUAGUUUUAUUUCUAAUUCAAAUGGACAUUAGUUAGAAAUUGCACAAUUUAGUCAUGUACAGUAUUUGAUUAAGAUGCUAUGAUUAGGAUAUCUAAAAAUUAUAAAUAUACAUAUAUAUAUAAUAUACACUAUAUUUUAUGUUUAUGUUUUUGUGUUAUAGGUUCUAUUUUAUCCACAAGACCUUUCAACUGUUUGGUAUAAUUUUAAAUUCAAAAGACUUCUGAAUUUUGGCAAACAGCGAUACACAACAUUGUACUUAAUGCUUUUAAUAUUGAUCUUAAAGAAUAACAAAACACUUAUUGUUUAUACAUUAAGAAUUUAAGCUUUAAAUGUCACUAAGUGCUGUCUUUUAUGUUUUAGUGUUUAGAUACAUAUAUUUCUUUCUUUAUGGAAAAUAUUGGUUCUUCAGUCUACAUAUAUUUUUCAUCUACUGUUGUUUUAUUCUUAUGUAAAUGUUGCAAUUAAUGUAAUAUUUCCAGCAUAAUUAUCAAUGUAAAUAUAGGUGCAUUUAUCUUGACUGUCUUUCAUUAAUAUGAAGUACACUAGCUACUGGGGUAUGUGUUUAUAUGUCUGUGAACAUACUUCUUAUUACUUAUAGUGAAAACUUGCAUGAUUGUAAUGUUGUUUAUUUUUUUAAAGAUAGAGAAUAAAAUAAUGAGAGCAAGUAACAUUUUAAAUAAAAUAUUACGGGCAAAGUAAUGUUUUACUCAAGCUAAACAAUAUGAAUAUUUUCUCUGUUGUUCAUUGACACAGUCAUGGUAUCAUAUAUAUUUCAUAGUAAAUUAACCAUCUUAGUUAUGUUUCUAUUCUCCCAAGAGUACGGAAGUUUUUAAAGCGAGUAUACAAUCAUAGUUACUGUUUUCAUUUCAUUCUCACUACUUUACACCAAUUGCUUAUGAUAAAAUGAAAUAAUCAUUUUUUAGCUAUAAUGUUUAUUUAAAUAUCAAUUUAUAUGUUUGUUCUUUUUUUAUCAAAACAAAUUUGCUAGUAGAGCAAUGUACAAUUAACCUUACCUGUUCAUAAAGAAUUAUGGAGAUGUCCACUUAAAAUAUGUCAGGUUGUUUACAGUACAGAUUUUGGAAGAAUUAAAAGUGCAAAAUGAAUAUUAAUAUGUAAAUGUUGCUUUUUACAUUGACCUGCAUCCAUGUUGUAUUGCAAGUGUAAUGUACAUGUAUGUGCAUGUCAUUCUCUCAUAUAAAAAAUGAUGAAUGUAAUAAACUGAAUAAAAAACAUUCCCCAAG